AUGAACUCGUACUUUGAACAGAGCGGCUUUUACAACGGGUCCACCGCCGGCGCAGAGCCGACUCAGUCGUACCGACUUCCGCAGAGUUUGUUGGUGCCGCCUUACGCGCCCCGCAAUGCCCACGAAGGGGCCCCUUACGCGGACGCUAACGGGGCCCCCGUCUCUAACGGGCCCUCCUGCAAGGUGUACGCUCCUUCCGGGGCCGACGCGGGCCUCUUCAAGGCCGAGUGCCUGGCCAAAGAGGCCACGAACGGCUUCAGCCAAACUGUCAAAGAUAUGGUCAACUGGUCUGGUGUCAUGAAUAGGGCGACCAGCGAGCAGAUGAGAAGUUAUGCCACCGAAAAUUCGGCCGCCCCUCGUGUCACUGACGCCUGGCAGCAGUGUUGUCAAAACUCGCCGGCGGUGGCCCAAACGCCGGCCAAUGCCUUUUAUCCAUGGAUGGCCAUCGCAGGUGCAAAUGGUAUGAGAAGAAGAGGACGACAGACAUACACUCGAUACCAAACACUGGAAUUGGAAAAAGAAUUCCACACCAACCACUACCUUACUCGACGGCGUCGGAUUGAAAUGGCGCAUGCGCUCUGUCUCACCGAACGACAGAUCAAAAUAUGGUUCCAGAACCGCCGAAUGAAACUCAAAAAAGAGGCCCAAGCGAUCAAGGAAUUGAACGAACAAGAACGUCAGAACCAGGCCGCCAAAGCGACAGUUACCACUCCUAUCAACCACACCAAUUCCACGUCAAAUUCCAAUUCAAAUAAGUCGGUGGAGGCUGGAAAUACACCGAUCAAUGCCACCAAGACGUAAAACUUAUUCUGAGAACUUAUGAUUCGGUUCCACAAUUUGUUCGAUUUCUCCCAGAUGUUUUUAAAACUGUACACUGGAACGUUUUAAUCAUUGUCUUGUUUCUCAUUCGAAACGUCAGAAGGAUUUUUUGUGGGUUGAUUCGCUUGCUAAGCUUCAUUUGUGGAUGGAUUUUUCCUAGUGUUUUACAUAAAACAUCAAAGGACAACGAAUCUUAUUUUGUCGGAACAAAUUUGCAACUUGUAAAGAUGUACAUAGAGUCAAUACCACCUGUGAGACUUUUUUUAUUUGAUUAAUCUUAUUUUGUCAGAAACCUGAUCCUCGCCUUCGCACAUGCAUUUCAUUGUAAUUUAUUGAAAAAGUUUCUUGCAUUUUCACAUCUUUCUCAAAGAUACGUUCACCAAAACUACGUCAUCGUUAGAUUUUGAACAUGUUGUUUGUUGGCUUUGUACCAUAACCUUGUAUUGAAAGGCUGAGCUCUUCAUUGGUCUAAACAAUUUAAUUGCAUAAAAAAAUAGUUUUGGCAUAAAAGUUUAUAUACGUAGCCCAAGUGCCCUAGCAGAUCUAUUCUGGACAUUCUAGGCUUUUCCCAGACGUUAACAACUGACGACGUGCCGGAAAACUUGUAUAGACAUUCUGGAGCAACGCUGUAAAACUUAGAACAUGAAUCUGAUAUUGGCAACUGCUUUUCGACGAAAUGAUAAAGAAUUAACGUACAAGUGCUUGGUAAUUUCCACACAAUUAGCGCUAUUUCUGAAAUGAUAACGUACAGACGGUCCAGGAUAGAGCUGUAAAAGUAAGAAAAUGAUUGUAUUCCACUAAAAAUUAUGCCAUCUAAAUUAUAACAUUUGCAUUUUUUCACUGCAAGUAUUUUCAAAUCUUAAGUCAUCAUAUUGGAUAUGAGAAUCAUUUGCUGUUUACGUUACAAACUAUUUCAUAGAUUUCUUUUUUCUUUUUUAAAUUAUUCAUUUAUUAUCAUGAGUGCAGAGUUGAAUGUAUUAAUUCUUUUAUUCCUUAAAAUACGUACACAAGGAACAUGGCUUUGUCCAAAAGAUAUUACUUUUUCAAUGCAUUGCCAAGUAUAGAACUUUUUUUUUUUUAAAGUUGGUGUUACUGCGAUUCUGCUGUUACUGCAGUAAGUGUUUAAAAACAUUUUAGUUAAGAAUUUCCUUUACUACCAUAAGUGCAGAGUGAAUGUAUUAAUUCCUGAAAAUAACUAAUUAACUUGACCAAAUUUAAACUUAAUUAACUUUAACUUAAUAUUAAUUAAAUUAUGUAUUAAUCGUUUAAAAUACACAUUAGCCAUAAUUUUGUCCAAAAUGCAUUAAUUUUUCUAUGUAUUGCCAAAUGCAUUUUUUAAAUUAGUUUUUGCAAUACUGCAUUGACUAGUAUAUGUUUAAAAGCAUAUUAGUUAAAUUUCGUUGCAAAUUACUUUGCCAUAAAUUGUAGUUAUGCCUGUACAAGUAUAUAUUGAAACACCAAGAAACUUUUUCCUUAUAAGUGAAAAUUUAACUACUCAGAACAAGGCAUUUUAUUCAAGGAAGUUCGGACUAUAAAGCACUCGGAUUACAGAACGUAUUUUGCUUUUCCCAUACCCUGUACACAACAAAAGCGAGAGCGUGUCUAAAGUGGAUCAUAAGUGUUACAGGAAAGAGAGAAUUGCUUUGCAGAGCGAAAUACUGUAAAUAGAGAAUAUUCACAGUAUUACAUGAGAAAAAAUGAUACCAAUAAACAUUCAGUGAUGGAGCAGAGUGCUGUAUUACUGUGCAUAUUGUACUACAUAUUCAAAGUUUUAAAAAAUUUUAAAAAGUCACUCAUUUUCUUCUGAACUACAUAUUAAGUGUGUUUCUAAAUCUCGAAUUGUGCCCAUGUAAAAUAUUAGACCUAUGCAGUGUUCAUCCUUUCAGUUCUUGAUUUGCCAAAUUUACAGGAGAUUAACAAAACGGAGAGGUUCAAAUGUUUCAAAAUCGAUCAAAUUCAAAAGGGAUAUCACGCCGGAAGAGAUGCCAUCUCCUUCCUAAGUUGCCAAAGUUGUCGUGCUGUAAUUGUACUUAAUACCUUCGACUUAAGUGUUGAAGUCUAAUUAUACGUAUUUUAAAUGUGUGUUUUAACCACGCAGUCAUUGAAAAGUGAGAUGAAUUCCAACAGUAUUCUGAGCAUAAUUUUAGUAGAGAUAAAUAUCUAUUUCUUAAGCCAUGUAAUGAUAUACGUAUUGCUGUAAUUGGGUUCAAUCUAUCGUCCUUAUAUUUUACACCAUAUUUAAGGUGCAAUCAGGCUGCUGUGUGUUGUAUAAAUUUUGAAUAAAAUGUAUUUAAUCUUCAA